CUUAAAAAGAUCAAACCGGAAGGGAGAGGGAGAGGGAGAGGAAGGGGAGGAGAAGAUGGGAGUGCUAAGGAGCACGGAGAGCUUGGAGGCGGAGAUCGAGGAGAUGCGGGAGGCGCUGCUGCGGAGCGGCGGAAUCGGGAGGGCCCAUGUGCGGAAGGCGGGGUCGGGAAGCGUCCAGCGGAGGGCGGACGGCGACGGCGGAGUAGGCGACGAGCGGGCGGUGUGCGUCACCGGGGGGAUCUCGUUCGUCGGGUUCGCCGUCGUCAACCACCUCCUCGACCGCGGAUACACCGUCCGCCUCGCCCUCGAAACCCAGGAGGACAUGGACAAGCUGAGGGAGACGGAGAUGUUCGGCGAGAUGGGCAGGGACGGGGUGUGGGCGGUGAUGGCCAGCGUGAUGGACUUGGAGAGCUUGUGCCGGGCGUUCGAUGGGUGCGUCGGGGUCUUCCACACCUCCAGCGUCGUUGAUCCGGGGGGUCUCUCUGGCUACUCGAAGCAAAUGGCCCAAAUGGAGGUGAGAGCAGCCGAGCUAGUGGUUGAAGCCUGCGUGAGAACCCAAUCGGUCAGAAGAUGCGUCUUCACCUCCUCGCUUCUGGCUUGCGUUUGGCGAGAGAACAGCACUCCUCGAAGUAGCCGUCGCCCCACCAUCGUGGACGAGAACUGCUGGAGCGAUCAGAGAGUGUGUCGUGAUAAAAAGCUAUGGUUUGCGCUGGGCAAGACAAUGGCAGAGAAAGCGGCAUGGAGGGCGGCACGUGGGAGGGAUGUGAAGCUGGUGACCGUAUGCCCCGCCCUCGUCACCGGACCUGGUUUCCUUCGUCGCAACUCCACCAGCUCCAUCGCCUACCUCAAAGGAGCUCAAGAUAUGCUCACGGAGGGACUGCUCGCCACCAUCGACGUGGAGAAGGUAGCCGAGGCUCACGUAGCUGUGUACGAGGCAAUGAGCAGCACCGCUUGUGGGCGAUACAUCUGCUACGAUCAUGUCAUCCGAAGGGGCGAAGAGGCCGCCGAACUAGAGCGGCAGCUGGGUCUUCCGAACAGGGUAUCCAGGGACGCCCACGCCGAUUGCCCGACAUGGGUGGAGCUCUCCAACCGGAAGCUCUCGAGGCUAUCCUCUUCCAGGAGGAGGAGGUGUACAUACGAUAUCUACUCGAUCUCGCAGGAGUAGUAGGCCUACACAUUGUGUACAUUCCGGGAGAAGCACAUUCGAAUACCUGAUAGGCUCAUGAAUGCA